ACCUCUUCUUCCUCCACGCCUCACCUACUCCUCCUCUCCGGAAGCAAGCAAAGCAAGAACAGCAGGAAUCCGCCACCGAAUCCGCCUCGCAGCAGAGGGAUCCCAAGUUCCAAUGGGUGCCAAGUACAUCGUCGGCAGCCUUGUUGGCUCCUGUGUCAUCGCAUAUGCUUGCGACUACAUCGUUUCUCAGAAGAAGAUCUUCGGUGGCACCAUACCAGGGACGGUCUCGGACAAGGAGUGGUGGCAGGCGACAGACACCAAAUUCCAGGCCUGGCCUCGCACCGCUGGGCCGCCGGUCGUCAUGAACCCCAUCAGCCGCCAGAACUUCAUCGUCAAGGACCUGUGAGGCCCGAUAACACCAGGUUUGCGGUGGAAGCAUAUGCUGGUGUAGAAUGGCGAUCUCCGUAGCUAUAACCCACCUCCCUGUGCUGUAAUCUUUGCUGAAGGCUGUGUUUUGUCUUGAUGAUAAUAAGAAGGGUACUCUUGUGAUGGUAGAGUUGGUCUGGUUUUCUUCUGCGGAACAUAUAACAGAAGCUGGAGCACAUUUGCUUUCUAAAAUUUUCAUGAUGGCAUCA